GAGUCCUUUGCUUUACACUUCUAUAUAAGCCUUUCUCUUCAUUCAUCCUUACAUCCCAUUCCUCUACGGUGCCUUUCUAUUUAGCUAGCUGCCUGCGCUAUUCAUUUUCUUUCUAGUUGUAUUUCUUUUAUCUUGAUCGGUUUCCAAUGGCCACUGCUGAGGUUGUAUUAGCACAGACAGCUCUUCCAGAGGAGAAAACUACUGAGCAAACAAUCAAGGUUGAAGAAACUAAAGCGGAAGAGGUAGUCGCUGCACCAGUUUUAACAGAAGCUGUGGCUGAAGAGACAGAGGAAACAGAAACUGUUGCUGAAGAGACAAAGGAAGCGGAAACUGCUGCUGAAGAGAAUAAGGAACCAGAAAGCGUUGAAGUGUCUGAAGAAAAAGUAACUCCAAUUGAAGAAGCUGAAGCCACAGCAGAAGUGGAGACAAAGGCAGUGGUAGAGGAGGCCAAGGUUGUGCCUCAAGAGCCAGCAGCAGUAGAUCAAACCACUGAGGAGGAAACUCCCAAGGAGACAGCCGCUGAGCCAGUUGAAGAGGAGUUUAAAGAAACCACAGAAACUACUGAGGCUGAUUCUCCAAAAGAGGACGUGAAGGAACAAGAGAAGCCGGUUGAAGCUGAGGAGAAGGCUGAAAUAGAAGCAGGGAUUGAGAUGACGACCGAGUAAUAAAAAAGCUACAAAGCAUUAAGUUUGAGUAGUGGUGGUACUUAUUAGCCUUCUAGCUUGCAUUGCAUGUCGAGUUCAAUGGAUUAAUCUAGCUUUAUUUUGUGGUUCUCAUAAUAAGACGGUUAGGCGUCUAGGUAUGGAAAUGAGUGACCCACUUGGAUAUACCACGGCCAACUCAGCGCAUGGCUUAUGGCUCCACAUCACUCAAAUCUGAAUAUUCUUCUUCUCCAUCUGCCAACACGAUUCAUUUUGGUUUGUGUGCCAGUUGCUAUGUGGACAGGGUUUGUUUGUUGGUGCCUCGUGGUUCAUCAAGUUUAAUUUAUGGUGCAUGUGUAAUGUUCGCUUCAAUAAAUAAUAUAAUAUUAUUAUAUUA